ACUGUGUGGGAAAUUUACUAUCAUCUAGUUUAAAAGCUUUUAAAAAUUAUUUAUUUUUCAGAACCAAGUGUAUAUAACCAUGCAAAAGACAUCAAUUAAUUCUGUACCGGUACCACCAGCUCCUGGAUUCCCUGGACCACAGGCACAGUAUGGAUAUCCUCAAUAUGCUCCUGGACCUGAUUAUUAUGCUCCUGCACAAGCUUUCCCAGGUGCUCCAGCACAGCCUCCCUAUGCAUUUCCCACAGCUUAUGGCGCUUCGGCAGGUUAUGGCCAACCUGCUCCCCAUGCUGUUUGGAUGCCAGAACCACCUCCACUUCCCAAUUGCCCUCCUGGAUUGGAAUAUUUAAGUCAGAUUGAUCAGAUAUUAAUCCAUCAGCAAAUUGAACUUCUGGAAAUUAUAACUGGCUUUGAGACUUGCAACAAAUAUGAAAUUAAAAAUGCUAUGGGGCAGAGGGUGUACUUUGCAGCUGAGGAAAACGACUGUUGUACUUUGAACUGCUGUGGACCAUCACGACCAUUUACAAUGAAAAUCAUGGACAAUAUGGGCCGGGAAGUCAUAAACCUCACGCGGCCUCUGCGAUGCUCUAGUUGCUGCUGUCCUUGCUGUUUGCAGGAGCUUGAAGUUCAUGCUCCCUUAGGCACAACAGUUGGGUAUGUUAAACAGAUCUGGGAUCCUUGUCUGCCAAAAUUUGUAAUCCAGAAUGCAGCCCAGGAGGAUGUACUCAAAAUUGUUGGGCCCUGUAUCGUCUGCAGCUGUUGUGAAGAUAUUGAUUUUGAGGUGUUGUCUUUAGAUGAGAACAGAGUUGGAAAGAUUUCCAAGCAGUGGACUGGAUUUGUGAGGGAGGCUUUCACAGAUGCUGACAACUUUGGAAUCCAGUUCCCAAUGGAUCUCGAUGUUAAAAUAAAAGCUGUUAUGCUUGGAGCUUGCUUCCUUAUAGACUUCAUGUUUUUUGAACAGUCGGGACAAAAUCGACAACAACGAUCUGGGGUCUGGUAACAGAGUAUAAUCUUCAUUAUGGGUACUUCCAGUGAAGUAGUUUCAGCAUUUUUAUUUUCAGUGGGUGUCUUUUGUAAGACCUUUUCAUUAAAAACUCUUUUUCUUUUUUGAUACUGUGCUGUGGCUUCUGCAUCAGUAGGGCCAGAACAUUCCACUUUAUGAAGGUUACUUUAGAAUUAAUACUUACGAAUAAUGACACACUGAAGUUUGUAUUGAUUAUAUAUAUUUAUAUUAGAGGUAAGGUGAGAUCUUUGCCAGGGCUUCCUCAACAUUCUUUCAAAUAGUGUUAAUGUUUCAAGCUGCUGUGAAGAAUGGAAAAACUUUUUACUGUAACUCUGAAGCAAUGAUCAGAUUUAUAUUUUGUACAUGGAGAAUACAUAAAGUAAAAUUUUAAAAUAA